AUGACGAGGCCAAUCAUAUUACAUCCAGCCACACCUGCUGAGCUCGUCACACUCAUUCUGCACCAUUACUGGCACCCUACCACAGUCAUCGUCGGGUCUCCCAAGCAGCCAUUCAUGGAGGCGUUCAUCUACGAAGUCAAUGCCCUCCCUGAAGAGACGCUACCCCAGAUACGCCGGAAAACGCUGUUGCAAACCUCUGUCUCGCGACAUAUCCGCGUUGCUUUUGCGCCUACAGUCACCCACCUACGAGGUUUCUUGUCGGUCUUCACGCAGUCAGACUCGCGCGUGAGCCCGCCACCACACCAGUCUCAGCAGCAGCAGAAGAGGAAUUCACAGCAGCCAUUGCUGAUUGCGUACGGCUUUCUCGAGGUUCAUCGCAUGACGACCGAGUGGUCAGCGCAGGGUCUGGGUACUUCUGCCGGGAGCCUCGUCGAGGCAGCUAUGAGGAAUGGGUUCAGAGCAGCCAUCGUGGAGCCAAGAGGCGGAGGCGAUGGCUUUGAAUCGUGGAGCUCGUUCGCAGAGGAGAAAGCACCCGUGCUGAACGGCACAGUCAUGAGAGAGUCGGGCGCUUGGGCUGGACGCAUGAUUGAGGUUGGGCGCAUUCUAGGACGAUGGUUUGAAAUUGAGAGGCUUCCAGAUGAAGAAGUCAUCACGUAA